GGAAAAACAACCUAUUUCAUCUAAAGAGAAUAAUAUAAUACUUGAAUCAUCAACUACAGAUUCAGAAAGCAGUAUAUUUAAUGAUUAUGACGAUGAAAAUAAAUGUUUAAACCAAGUGGUUCAAAGUUCUUGUUUUCCUUCUAAUUUGAAAAGAAGUCAAACGGGAAAAAAAUUAUUUACUACUUCCAGUAUUAAUAUAAUGUCCACCUCUGCUGAAGUUGUGAAUGUAUGUAAAUCGUCAGAUAUACAGAAAAAUAUCGAAAGCAAUGACACAACUGCAAUUCAUCUUAUUAAUGUGGACAAAUCAUUGAUUGAUAAUGAUAACAAAAAUCAAUGUCUACCUGUGCAAAUUAUAAACGGACAAAAAUUAACUAUUGCCAAUAAUUCAGAUAAUAUUUUAUUACCUUCUACGUCAAAAAUGCCAAGGCAAUCAAAUCUGCCAAUAAAGGAAGUUAAAGAAUUUAAAGAUAUUGAUUUCAUAUUAUCUAAAAAGAUAAUUGGCUCAUCGCGGAUUACUGAAUUAUCUUCAAAAAUAAUUGAUAAACCAUUUAUUAAUAAAAAUAUUGAAGUAUCUAAAAAUGACUCGAAUGAAACUGGAGCGGAUCAAAUGAUUGGAGAAAUUAAACCAAAAAUUUCAUUAAAUCGUUCAAAACGACAAUUAGAAGAAUUAGACAUUAAAUCCAAUAAGUCUAAAAGAAUGAAUAACUACUCGAAUUCAAAAGUAAAUACUAAUGAUUCCAUUGAACGAAACUUGGAUGAAAUGUUUGAAGGAUACCAAGAGAAAUCUAUAGAAAAAGAACCUGAAUUACUAACUCAACAAUUAACAGAUAUUUUAGAAUCAAGUGAGCUCGAAAAUAGUUCGAAUAUUGAUUUCAACUCAUCAACAUUGUCGCCAACGCUCGGUACUAGAAAAAGCAACGUUAAGAUAAAAAAUCGUCGUAGAACAAUGCUUUUUGAAAAAUCUUGUACAAUGUUACAAACAAACAAAAGUAAAGAUAAUCUAAACGAUACCAUUGAACAAAAUCUUAAUGAAAUUUUUAAGAAUACAGACAAUACUGUUCGAACAUAUGAAUCUGACGGAAUGCUAACACAGCAGUUGAAAUCUGUUCUUCAAUCUCAAAAUAAUAGUCAAUUAUUUAAUGACGAAAAUAUCACAGAAAAAAAGUCACUUAGUUUAUCCACGAAUUCUGGUAAAAAACAUCGGCUAAGUUUAUCAAUAAAUUUGAACAAUUCAUUCGGUUCCGAAAUUGAAAACGAAAAUUCUACAAUAUUAAAUAAGAUGUUAACUUUAGAUCCUAAUAAACAAGAAACUACUUUACAGAAAAGUAAUAUAGAUAAUGAUUCACAAGAUACAGAAAUAUAUUUUGCAAAUAUAAAGUCCAAUAAGAAAAAAACUUUUAUUAUAACUUCUCAAUCAGAAGAUGAAUUGGGAGAUUUCCAAUCACUCGACGGUAACGAUAAGGAAAUCGUUAAAAAACAAGAAAAUGAGAGGCUUUCUAGUGAGAAUAUAAAGGAAUCUGAUAUGCUUGUAAAAUGUAACCAAUCUAAUGAUAAUUUUCUUAAUAAAAUAGAAACAGAUACUUCUAAGGUUCGUCCUAAAAAACGCAUCAGCCUGUCUUUAUCAAAGAAAGUGAAUCUAAAUUACUCCCAGGGUUCACUUAGUGAUCUAGAAGUAGAACAAAAAUUUUCUAGAAAAGAAGAUUACAAAUCUACAAUGUCAAGAAUAAACACGAGUAAUGAACCAGAGACCAUACCUACGGAUGUAUUAAAUAAUCCUAAAUCCCGUCGAACAUCCUUUGACAAGGUCUGUACACCCAAUAACACCAAUCUAUUUAUUAAAGAAAUUGCGAACACAGAUGACUGUGUAAGUAGUGACGAUGACUUUCUCAGAAGUAUGCCUGAAAUUAAAGUAGCAGGAACCGUCGAUUGCCCUGCUACGAGUUCGCAACUUGCCGCGCCGAGCGACGAUGAUUAUGACGAUGAAGAAACAACUAUCGUACCUAUUUCACCCACGGAUAUUGUCAUACCGACUAAGUGGAAUUGGUACGCUAAAAAACGAUACGAUCUCAUUUAUCAAAAAAAUCGAUCGGACAUAAAAAUCGAGAAUAACAAUGAUAUUCAGACCGGUUCUCAGUCAAAAAAGACGCAAAUUUCGGGUAUUAAUAACAUUUUGACAAGAAUAGAGUCUGCCAGCAAACGGCAUAAUUCUAAAAAUAGCAGGCAUUUAAUUGUGACUAAGGAAGAAAAUAUUAGACGUUCGACGCGGUCUCGGCACGUCCAUGAAGCGAAUUCAAUCGAAACAUUUCCCACCAUAAUUAAUGAUAACUCGGACUCCAAUUCUGACAUAGAAUCAAGCUCGAUCCUCGAAAGAAUUAUCCCUAAGUAUAAAACUCUAGAACCGGUAAAGCUCGAUUUGGUACGUUAUGCGACCGACGAUUCAGACGAAGAGUUUGAGCUUUUACGGAAAAGAUGCGAGAGAAUGCUGGCCGCGCCUCGUGUCUACAAAAAUUUGCUCGCUCCGGAUAAAAAUCUAAAACAAACUAAAGUAAAAAACAAAAAUACAAAGACGCGGUAUACGAAAAAGGGCAAUCGCGGUUCACUCAAGAUUUCGUGCAGUUACACUGAUGAUGAUGAGGAUGAGGAUGAUGAUGAUGAUAUUCAUAGUAGACGGAACAUAAGUAAGAAAACUAGAAUCGCUGAUGAAGAUGCCCUUGUUUUUCAGAUAUCUACUGGAGAUUCAAAGGAGUAUUCAAAGUUCAGGAUGUCUAAGCUAGGUACAACCCCAAAUAAGAAGGAAACUAAAGCGGACAUUGAUGACAGCAAUCGACCAGAAUUGUUAAAGAACAGUGGCAUCAAGAAUAAUCGGCAGCAUUUGAAACUUCAAGAGGUAUCGCCCAUUGAUAUCAACACCACAACAACAAGAGUGAAAGGAUUAUUAAAGUCCAACAUAAAAUUGGAUGAUACAUCAAGAAUGAAAAGGAGUAGAAACAAUAUUGAAAAUAAAGCUGAGCCAACUAGAACUCGAAAUCAAGCGAUGUUAAAUACAAGUAGGAUCAAACGACCCACAUUACACAGACUUGCUAAAAAUAAAUCAAUUACUCAAUUUAAUGAACUUUCAAAUGAAGUUACAAUGCCAACCACCCCAUCGACGUCUCGAAAACGGAAUAGCCGUAAUACAUCGGAAUUACCUAUAUCAUCUUCUUUAACAUCAUCAAAAUGCAGAAGAUCGAUAUCGUCGCCUCUUAUACAAACUCCAUACAAAAUACUCUUCACUGGAGACAAAUCUAAAACCUAUACUGAAACUGUAACAAAAUUAGGUGGUUACAUAACCGAAGAUCCUGCCAAGUGUUCAAUUUUAGUUACUGAUAAAAUCCGAAGAACAUUCAAAUUUCUCUGUUCGGUAGCAAGAGGUAUUCCUAUAGUAUCACUUAAGUGGCUGGAUGACAGUAAUAAAAGUCACUAUUUUUUGGAAUGGAAAAAUUAUAUUUUAAAAGAUGUGGCAACUGAAAGUCGAUUGAAAUUUAAAUUAAUGGAAAGUUUGAAGAAAGCUGAAAACCACAAAUUAUUUGUAGGAUAUACUAUUAUAUUAACACCAAAUAUAACACAACCACCAAUAUCCGAAUUAAAAGAAAUGAUAACGUUUAGUGGAGGAAAAUGUUUACUUCGAACACCAAGAAAUUGGCAGGAAAAAACUGUCGUCAUAACACAAGCAGAUGACAUAGAACAUGCCAAGAAAAUAAUAAAGAAAGCUCCAAUUUCUGUGACAAUACACUCGAAAGAAUUCCUGUUAACUGGAAUUCUUAAGCAGGAGAUAAAUUUAAUAGAAUAUAAAGUUUCAAUUUAA